AAUUAUGUGUAACAUGAAAAUAUUUUUAUCUUAGUGGGAAAAUAAGCACUAAGACAAUGUAUCUCAAUCUUCCUCUAUAAAUAGCUUACUUCAAAGACCAUGCAAAUAUCAUCUAACUAUCAUAAUCAUCUACAAUAAUUCAAAGCUUAAAUUCUAUCUUAGUUUCCUAUCCUAGUUUGUAGAAUCAUCCCUUUUCGAGUUUUGUCAACAUGGAAUCCAAACAAUCUAACACGAUUAAGCACGAAACAAUUCGAGGAAAUCACCACAUGGGUGAUGAAGAGAGCCAGCAGCAGCAUGUAAUUGAGGAGAAAGAAGAGGAGUUGUUCGACUACACGACACGAGCACAGUGGCUGAGAGCUGCAGUCCUAGGAGCCAAUGAUGGGCUUGUUUCGACGGCGUCCCUGAUGAUGGGUGUUGGUGCAGUGAAGAAAGAUGUGAAGACCAUGAUUCUAAUAGGGUUUGCAGGUCUAGUAGCUGGGGCUUGUAGCAUGGCUAUAGGUGAGUUUGUGUCGGUGUAUUCUCAGCUCGAUAUCGAGGUUGCUCAGAGGAAGAGAGGGAAUAAUAAUAAUAAUAAUAAUAAUAAUUCAAGAGAAGAUGAAAAGGAGGAGGAAGGGUUGCCAAACCCCUUACAAGCAGCAUUUGCUUCCGCCUUAGCAUUCUCGGUGGGGGCUAUGGUACCACUUCUGGCGGCUUCAUUUAUACAAGAAUAUAAGGUAAGGCUUGGGGUUGUGGUGGCGGCAGUGUCCAUGGCGUUGGCGGUGUUCGGCUGGUUGGGAGCGUUUCUAGGAGGAGCACCCAUUGUAAGGGCAACUUUUAGGGUUUUAUUUGGUGGUUGGCUUGCUAUGGCUAUUACUUUUGGGUUGACAAGGUGGAUGGGGACAAAUGGGUUCUAAUUAAUAAUUUAUUAACUUAUUAAUAAAUACGGAGUAUGUAUUAGUCUUCUUUGAAUAUCAAUCUAGUGGUUUUGUGUCGUAAUCAGCUACAGUACGUACUUUUGGCAAGAGGAUAAUUAAAUUACCUAGGCUGCUUCAUCACGUGUUGUACGUACCUUUGUAAGCAACAAACGCCUAGUUUGUUAAGUUGGUAUUUAUAAGUGCUUUCAGUUAAAUGUGAACUUCUUGAGUUGUUAUUCAUUUUCAGUUUUUAUGCUUC